CCGCCAUAACUGAAAGACUGGUUUGCUCUGAGAUUAACUCUUAAAUACCCGUCCUUUCUCCCGUGGGACCCCUUUUGAUUUCAGCUAUCUUCUGGUCAAUCUCUACCUGGAUCCGAGAACCAAACACUAGCAUCUCAUAAUUUCGUUUCUCAUAUUCCUUCCACAUUCACAAUGGUUGCCGCAACCGAUAUUCCAUUUGACGCCUCCAAGCACGCAUAUCGGACGGACACUGCUGGGCUCCAAGUCGUUGACGAAAACUUUGCGGCUCGUUAUGAGACAGCAGCGAAAGAAUUUGAAGAUGCUCUCAAUAAAUUUGCAUCUACCGACAAGGAAGCUCGACAAGCAUACAUUGAUCAACAACCGUAUAUGCCGGAAACUAUUGCUUUUGGUGACUGGGUCCAAAGGAGUUAUCCUUCGUGGAUUGAGGCAGAGGGAGUUCUGCGAUACAAAGGUCAGAAUUUGACCCAGUACGCUUAUAUGACGUUUGGGCCAGAUGCGUACGAGAAGAAAAUCAAAGACCAACGAACGCAACAACUCAUUAGCCCGGCGCUCAAAGCGGGAUACACACCUCAGGUGUAUUAAGAUAGACCAUUCAAUUGAGGAGCAAGUUUCAAUUUGGAAGAAGUACUUACAGUAUGAUGAUGAUUCUUUUACUUACUAUGGUCUCUUGCCAAAAUGAUAUACAGGCUACUAUCUUUGUUAUCCUGACAUUAGAUAUCUAGUGUCUUCUAUUUCCUGAGAAUAGAUUUAGAGACUUAUCAU